CUUUAAGAAGCAUCCUGCUCAGCUUUAUGUUCUUUGGCUUGUGGGGCACUCAGUCAGCUCUCAUUCUGCAAACGCUGGUGUUCAGGACAAGAGGAGAGUAGCAACACAGAGUUUUCAUGUUGAAUAGAAAUCACAGAUUCACUCAUGGCUGGAAUAUUUUAUGUGUGUCUAUUGUAUGAAGAUUAACCUUAUUUUUAAGGUCUUUUCUGUGUCAUACCUUCAUAGUGGAUGGAAAACGCUUAGUCUGUCCCUGGUUAGCCCAGCGGGGAACCACACUCCUCGGGUUGAGCUCCAAAAUGGAUCCAAAUGACAACCUGAGCAGAGAGAACUUAAUCUUUUAUCUCACAGUUCCACUCUCUACAAUCAUCAUUCUUGCCAAUCUCUUCAUCAUACUGGGCAUCGCCUGCAACCGCCAGCUCCACAACACCCCAAACUACUUCUUCUUGAGUUUAUUAGUGGCCGAUCUAUGCACUGGCAUCGCCCUGCCUUUCAUUCCCCGCAUGGGUCUCGACCGGCGGUUGGACUUCAAGCGAUGCUUGCUGAUGUACAUCUUCCCUAACUUCCUAUUCCUGUCGUUCCUCUUCAAUCUGGUGAUGGUGCAUUAUGAACGAUACCUGUGCAUCAUCAGUCCGCUACACCAUAGCCAGUUCUGGGUUCACCGGUACUUUCCGUUGGCUUUGUUGACAGCCUGGUUGCCACCAUUGCUUUAUGCAUCACUCCCUGCUUUUGGUUGGAAUAACUGGGUGGAACCCAACGCCAACAAGAGCUCCAACUUUAAUGAAACUUUCAUUAGAGGAGCUGGUAACCAUACAGAAGAUGAGGUUUGCUCCUACAAGCAGGUCUUUCCUGUUGCCUUUAUCUACUUGGAAGUGUACGGACUGGUGCUACCGGCCAUGUUGUCCAUCGUGGGCAUGACGGGCCGGGUAUUGUGGAUAGCACGCAAGCAGCUGCGUAACAUUUGUAAACUUCAACGUGCCGUGGAUCGUCUGCAGCAGCAACAGUCAGAGCACAAGCAACAGCUUAACCUGCGCUACGCCAAAUGCGUGGCCGCUGUGUCGCUCACAUUCCUCGUUUGCUGGGUGCCGUAUAUCGUCUACCAGCACAUGUCUGUAGCAGCACUUCAGAGCGGGGUGAGCUCUUCAAGCUCUUCCUUGUACAUCAUCAUGUCCUGUACGGGCAUUGGGAGCAUGGCCAUCAUUCCCCUCAUACUAGGACUGGCCAACAGGCAGUACACUGAGCCCAUCAGCAGGUUGAUGGUUAAACUGAGGAAUCGCUGGAGAAGACAGAACAGCAGAGACAUUACAAUUUGACAAGUGGGUUUAGAUGAACCAAAGGAUGUUUAUAUUUAAUGCGUCAAUAACUCGAUAUGACUCUGUUUCAACUCAAGAGUUGUUCUCUUCUAAAGUUCUGUUGUGUGUUAACUAUUUUUUAAAAUACAAAAGAACAAAAUACAUUCUACUGAUUAUUAAUCACAUCUGUCUGUUUGUCUGUCUCUCAAUAAAUCUUUAUCUGUCUAUCUAUCUAUCUAUCUAUCUAUCUAUCUAUCUAUCUAUCUAUCUGUCUUGUCUGUCUGUCUGUCUGUCUGUCGAAUUUGUUUAUCAGUCAAUACAUCACUUUUUAUCUGUCUGUCUGUCUGUCUGUCUGUCUGUCAAUAAAUAUAUAUGUCUGUCUGUCAGUAAAUCUCCAAUCUAUCCAUCCGUCCGUGUGUCUGUCUGUCUGUCGAAUUUGUUUGUCAGUCAACACAUCACUAUCUGUCUGUCUGUCAAUAAAUCUCCUAUCUAUCCAUCCGUCCAUCUGUCUGUCUAUCUAUCAAUAAAUAUAUAUCUGUCUGUCUGUCAAUAAAUCUCCCAUCCAUCCAUCCAUCCAUCCAUCCAUCCGUCCAUCUAUCCAUCUAUCUAUCUAUCUAUCUAUCUAUCUAUCUAUCUGUCUGUCUGUCUGUCUGUCUGUCUAUAUGUCAAUAAAUCUUUGUCUGUCUGUCUGUCUGUCUGUCUGUCAAGAACAGCUAACGCAAAUAUAUUUUUUAUAUUAAACUUAUUCACAUGCUAUUCAGAGACAAAUAAUAUUACAUUUCAGUAAAAUUAGAUAAUAAAAUCCAUUAGAAGGUAAGAUUCAUCAUACAUAGGGGAAAUUCAAUGGACAACAACGUAUUAAUUUACAAUAUGUCACAGUGUAUAACUCAUAGUCUAAACAUUUUUCUCUAUGUAAAUGCAGUUACAAUGAGAUAUACUUUUAACAUCAUAAAGUGCAUGCAAUUAUAAAUAAAUGAACAAACAUGGGAACUUUAAAAUGACCAAUGGGAAGAUGAAACAUGUAUAUGGUCAGAUUCCCAGAAACUGUCCUUCCACUUAAAGUGCAUUCAUCACUGUGACUCUGGAGAUAAUCUCUUGAAUAUUGUGUUUAUGUGUGCACUUCCAUAAUGUGUUUCUGUCUGUGUGUGCCAAAGACAAAGCAAAAAAAAAUAAAAAAUUGCAUAUUAACUGUAAACAAGAGAAACAAAGACAAACUGAGCUGCCUUUUAAUGGUUUGUGUCACAUGAUAAAUUAGGAAUAUAUUGAGUCCUUUGAGAACAUUUUUGUAACAUUACUACAAACAAAUGCGUGGAGCAUACAAGAUACGCUCCAGUGUUGAUCAUUAGUCAAAUGUACAUUUAUAGAAAGAAGAAAGCAUCUAAUAAACCUUUUUUUUUUAAAAGGUUUGAAGUAGAAACUAGGCGAGUGUUUAAGCCAAAAACACAACCUCAUCCACACACAAACUCAUCUUUUGCACUUUCAAAACCCUGUACUUCCUUCCUUCUUUGUUUCUCAAAGAGCUUUAAGUAUGAACUUUGUCAUCAGAAAACAAAUAUUGUCUAACUAAUUGUGCUUGUAAUUUGCUUGUUCACACUUAAGGUUAUGGAUCUGAGCAAACCCCAAACUAAGUAUUAAAUCUCAGCGCAUAACUUUGACUUGACAUGAUACCUCAAAUCAUGUAGCAAAAUGGGCAAAAGCAUCCCACAGAUUUACAUUGAAGUUGGGAUAGCAUGCAUACAUGUAAUGGUUCUAGUUCAUGAAUCAAGUAUAAUGGGAAACAUAUGUAAUAGGGUACGACGUAUUGGACGGAAAUACCCAUCUCCUCAGCUCCAAACUGGAAUUUUGCAGUUCAAAGGAAUACAAAUUAUUCAGUAUAACUUUUUCAGUAAUAAAUCAGUAUUAACCUCUCACCCUUCAGCCAACUGAUGUUGAUGUAAAAAGCUCAUCUUUGGACAGAGUUACUGGAAGUGAAGGGAGGACAGUCACUCCUCUGCCUUUGUCUGCAUAAGGUAUGUUUAUAAAUGUGAAACACAGAUGAGAUAUGUUAUUAAAGAAGGGCAUUAUAUAAACACUGUCCCAGUGUUUUAGUCCAGUAUCUGGGAGACACUCAAAAUUAUUUCUAAACAGCAGACUCAUUUAAUGUCUUAUAGUGCAACUGUCAAAAUGCAAUUCAUGUUGGCUCUGCUUCUCCUAAUGUAAAUGUGAAAGUAUUUUAAGAGAUGAUUUAUAAAAUAAACAGCAGUGGACAGUGGCUGUGUUCAUGACAUGUCAGUUGCAUUUUUUCCAUUGUUGAAAGUGGUAUCAUAUAACACUAUCUUUAUGCUAUACACUCACUCAUCACGCACAGGAACACCUGUACACCUACUUAUUCAUGUGAUUAUCUAAUCAGCCAAUCAUGUGGCAGGAGUGCAGUGCAUACAAUCAUGCAGAUACAGGUCAGGAGCUUCAGUUAAUGUUCACAUCAACCUUCAGAAUGGAGGAAAAUUAUGAUCUCAGUGAUUUCGACCGUGGCAUGAUUGUUUUUACCAGACGGGCUGGUUUGAUUAUUUCUGUAACUGCUGAUCUCCUGGGAUUUUCACGCACAACAGUUUCUAGAGUUUACUCAGAAUGGUGCCAAAAACAAAAAACAUCCAGUGAGCGGCAGUUCUGCAGACCGAAAUGCCUUGUUGAUGUCAGUGGUCAACAGAGAAUGGCCAGACUGGUUCAAGCUGACAGAAAGGCUACAGUAACUCAGAUAACCACUCUGUACAAUUGUAGUGAACAGAAUAGCAUCUCAGAAUGCACAUCAUGUCGAACCUUGAGGCGGAUGGGCUACAACAGCAGAAGACCACGUCAGGUUCCACUUCUGUCAGCCAAGAACAGAAAGCUGAGCUGCAGUGAGCACAGGGUCACCAAAACUGAACAGUUAAAGACUGGACAAACAUAGGCUGGUCUAAUGAAUCUCAAUUUCUGCUGAGGCACACAGACGAUAGGUCCACUGCAGCCUCAGCUUCCUUUUUUUGGCUGACAGAAAUGGAAUCCGACGUUCUUCUGCUGUAUUAAUACUGUACUAACCAUGUUUUUUGGCGGAAACCAUAGAUUUGAUGCAAUUAACAAUGGUGUUGUCAUGUGUAUUUUUUUAUUCUUGUAUUUCAUGUCUUUUAUUUCAAAAAUUCUAGUUCCUGGUUCAUGUCAUGUGGUUCCCUAGUCAUGUGAUUCCUGUUUCCCCUCCAUGUUCAUGUGACUUGUUUUCAUUGGUUUAUUGUUUAAUAUUCUUGAGUUCUGUUUGUUCAUUGGUUUGUUCUCCCAUGUCCAUGUAUUUAAACCUUCAUGUUUUCCAUUGUCCUUUGUGAAGUAUUGUAUAUGUUUGGCAUGCUGUUCAUGUCAGGUCAAGUUUAUGUCAAGUUCAUGUUUACGUCUAGUCAAGUUCAUGUUUAUGUUUCAAGUUUAUAGUUAGGGUUUUAUUGGAUUUCACUUUUGUUUAAUAAAUUGCACUUGGGUUCUUCAAUUCGUCUUCGUCUUCGUCAUUGCCAGUGUCAGCAGGUACGUUACAGAAAUACUUCACCCAACCAUGAACCCAGCAAUCCAGCUCCUCCACCUACGUCAGGGGAAUUGUCCCCUGGAGGAUUACGUUGAGGACUUUUGCGCCCUGGCCUGAUAGGUGGACUUUAAUGAGGUUGCCCUCAAAGACUGUUUCCGAUUUGGACUAAAUGAGCCUAUCUCCACUUUUAUGUCUGACGGUCGCAGUUCCCUCAGCCUCGCUCAGUAUAUCGACCUUGCCCUGCAGAUCACCGGUUCUGCGUUCACUGUGGGGGAGGCGGAUGCCGACCCAGCGUUCCACGACAUGGCCGCCGAGCCAGCGUUCCACGUCAUGGCAGCCGAGCCAGCGUUUCACCUCAUGGCCGCCGAGCCAGAGUUUCACGUCAUGGCCGCCGAGCCAGAGUUUCACGUCAUGGCCGCCGAGCCAGAGUUCCUCGUCAUGGUCGCUGAGCUAGCGCCAUCUUUUUCCCCAACGCCUCAGCCUGCUCCAUGCCAUGUCACAGCAACGCCUCAGCCUGCUCCAUUCCACGUCACAGCAAUGCCUCAGCCUGCUCCAUUCCACAUCACAGCAACGCCUCAGCCUGCUCCAUGCCACGUCACAGCCACGUCUGAUCCUGCUCCAUGCCACGUCACAACCACGUCUGAUCCUACUCCAUACCAUGUUACAGACACUCCUGAGCCUGCUCCAUGCCACAUCACAGCCACGCCUGAGCCUGCUCCAUGCCACAUCACAGCCACGCCUGAGUCUGUUCCAUGCCAUGUCAUGGCCACAUCUGAGCAGUUGGACCUGGAGAUGGUUCCCGCCCUUGUACCCACCCUUAGUUCUCCUGAGCAGGCAAGGGGAACUUUGAACCCUCCGAGCCCACCUGGACUCUCCGAGCCCUGGACUCCACCUUGGCCUGUUGAUCCCUCGACAUCGUCUCGGCUCUGUGUUCCCUCGGCUCCACUGCAGUCCUUCAGCCUGUCGGCUUUGCCGGGGUCCCUCGUCCCUCUGGCUCCUCCUUGAUCUGUCA